GAAUUCACACACAGAAAUGCUAAAUUCACCUUCAUUACAACUGUUUUCUUCUUGCAUGUUUUAGUAAUCCCAUUUCAUUAUUUUCAUCAAAUGUUUAACUAAUCCCUCUACUUUUCUAUGAGCAAUUAAUUAGCAUCACUUCAUGUUCUGCAUUAUAUUCCCAACGAUUGUGGUUAGAGAGUGGCUAUCAGUAUAUAAUUUUCAAAUGAGUCAUUAUUUGAUGGGGUCUCUCUCUUUAAAUGACACGUUAGAUUAGAAGACUAAUGCUCCUCUAUUCCAAAAUCACAGGCCCACUGCCUUUUGCAUGGUUUACUAUCUAGUGGUGGCACCAAAAUUUAGGGGAAAACAAAAGCAUUGCAAUAAAUGAACUAACUAACAAAAGUAACAUAACUUCAUUUUUUUUAUCGUUAGAACCCCAAAACUUUGAUUAAACAAGUCUUUUCGAAGGUGUCAAAGCCUCUAGGCUCAUAAUGCUCCUUUUGCCCUUUUCUGAUUCCAAGUUCAAAUUCUCUUAUAUAUACAUAAGUUAAAUAAGUAUUAGGGAGAGAACACACUCUGCCUCGUUUCUUUCAGCUCCAACAAAGAGUGUCAGAAAUGGGGUCAUUAUGGUUUCUGGGUUUAUUACUUCUGCUUGUGUCGAUAUCCAGCUCAACGGCCCAUGUAUUUCAAGAGAAAGACUCGUUGGAACUGACUAUAUAUCAUGUGAAAACCAAUAACAAUUCAUCUCUAAACCCAAAGUCCCAUUUUGAAGAUAUAGUAACAAACGACAAUGAACGCCUCAAAACGCUCUACUAUACUCUAUCACAAAACGACACAAGCUCUACAACUUCUUCUUCAUUCUCUACCUAUUCUUCUCAUCAUAAGCCAACAGAUCUCAAAUCCAUUAACAUACCACUGAACUCGGGUAUGUCAAUCGGGUCGGGUAAUUACUAUGUAAAAGUGGGCCUUGGAAGCCCACCAAAAUACUACUCCAUGAUCAUCGACACAGGUAGCUCAUUCUCAUGGCUUCAAUGCCAACCUUGUAAAAUUUACUGCCAUAACCAAGUAGACCCUGUUUUCGACCCAAAAACAUCAAAAACUUACAAACACCUAACGUGUGGUAGCCCCGAAUGCUCGUCGGUAAAACAGGCGACACUCAACGACCCCUUUUGCGCCGCCGGUUCAGACAACUGUAUCUACACAGCCAGCUACGGAGACUCGUCGUUCUCAAUUGGGAUUCUCAGUCAAGACCGUCUCACCAUAACCCAGACCCAGAUUCUUCCCAGCUUCGUAUAUGGAUGUGGGCAAGACAAUCAAGGCCUGUUCGGAAGAGCCGCCGGGAUUUUGGGUCUUGCCCGGGACAAACUCUCGUUGCUUUCCCAGGCUUCCGCUAAGUACGGAUACGCUUUCUCGUACUGUCUUCCUUCGGCAGAAUUCGGCCAAGGUGGAGUCUUUUCGAUUGGAACAUCUUCAGUUUCAUCACCGGCUUUUAAGUACACCCCUAUGAUGACCGAUGCUAAGAAUCCCAGUUUGUAUUUUCUGAGAUUAACGACUAUAACGGUCGGAAUGAAGCCAUUAGGAGUAGCUCCUACGAGUUACAGAGUGCCCUGUAUUAUAGACUCUGGUACUGUUAUUACUCGUUUGCCUAAUCCUUUAUACUCUGCUUUAAGUCAAGCUUUUGCUAAGAUAGUAUCGACCAAGUUCGCCAAGGCUCCAGCUGUUUCGAUUUUGGAUACUUGUUUCAAGGGGAGCCCCAGCGCCGUUUCGGCUGCGGUGCCACAUAUUCAACUUCUGUUUCAAGGCGGCGCCGGUCUUAAUCUGGGGCCUAAAAAUUUGAUCUUGGAAGCAGAAAAGGGUGUCACUUGUUUGGCUUUCGCAGCAAGUAAUGAGUAUGCCAUUAUUGGAAACCGUCAGCAGCAAACUUAUAAGGUGGCCUAUGAUGUUUCCAAAUCCCGAAUCGGGUUCGCUCCCGGCGGCUGUCGUUGAAUAUUGACAGAUUAUUAGUCGUUGACUUGGUCAUUUUUAGUUGGAUUAAGGAUCCGGAUGACAUAAAUACUCCUAUACAUACAUAUAUGUGCAUUAUGCGUGGUGUAUAUAUGUUCAUAUCGUAUGUCUAUUAAGAAGAUAGUGAUUAAAUAAAUGUGUAUACGUAUACAUAUGUUUCUACGAAUACGUAUGUCAAAUAUGUUUAUAUAAUAGCUAAAAUUAAGAAAGAUGCAAAAUUUUAGCUCAA